AUGAAUCUCGAAAGCUUCUCAGCGUCGCUCAACCAGAUUCACCAGUACGAUGUAGCGGGGACGGUGUUCAUGUUGGACACCGUUGUCUCUGACACCGAUGAGCUGUCUAGCAGCCGGAUCGAGAGCGCCAUGUUGGCGUGGUGUGAGGAGCCGCAGUUGCGCUACCUGUCCUUCGACGCGCCCUUGCCCGCAAGGGUCGUUGACCGCCAGGCGGCGCAGCGCCAGGCGGCCGACUCGCGUGGCGCGGUCAUGGCGGAGCCGUUGCCCACGGCUGAUCGCGCGCUGGCGGUCGCGCGGUGCGCCGCGAUGGCGGAGGCGUUCCAGGCGGGCCACACGGACCGCGCGAUGUGCCCGUUCAACGCCGUUUCGUCUGUCCUGAUAAG